GUCACUUCCCGUCCCCGCAGAAGCGUUUCCUGUCUCUCUUCCCCUUCCCCCCCCAACCGAGGAGGCGGCAACAAGAUGGCGGCGUCGGGUGGCGGAGCGGAGACACCGGGGGAGCCGGGUUGGGAGGUGGCGGUGCGGCCGCUGCUCUCCGCCUCCUACUCGGCCUUCGAGAUGCGGGAGCUGCCGCAGCUGCUGGCCUCGGUCAUCGAGAGUGAAUCUGAAAUCCUGCACCAUGACAAACAAUAUGAGCCCUUCUACUCCUCCUUUGUUGCGCUCUCCACUCAUUACAUCACUACAGUGUGUGGCCUAAUCCCCAGGAACCAGCUGCAGUCCGUGGCUGCUGCUUGUAAAGUUCUGAUCGAAUUCUCACUGCUGCGACUUGAAAACCCAGAUGAGGCAUGUGCUGUUUCACAGAAACACCUGAUUCUGCUGAUAAAGGGGCUCUGCACUGGCUGCAGCCGCCUGGACAGAACUGAAAUUAUUACUUUCACAGCAAUGAUGAAAUCAGCCAAGCUGCCUCAGACCAUCAAAACCCUCUCGGAUGUGGAGGAUCAGAAAGAGUUGGCCUCUCCAGUGAACCCUGAACUGCGACAGAAAGAGGUGCAGAUGAACUUCCUGAAUCAACUGACAUCAGUUUUUAACCCUAGAGUGACAGCAUCACCAUCUCUUGUUCCAGACACCCAGGUGGAAGGAGAAAGUGAUAAUCAGACAUCUACAGAUCAAGCUUCUGCGGCGAAGACCAAAAGUAUAUUCAUUGCUCAGAAUGUAGCCAGCCUGCAAGAGCUUGGUGGCUCUGAAAAGUUGUUGCGAGUGUGUCUGAACCUCCCUUACUUUUUGCGAUACAUAAAUCGAUUUCAGGAUGCAGUGUCGGCCAACUCGUUUUUCAUUAUGCCAGCCACUGUAGCAGAUGCCACUGCAGUCCGCAAUGGGUUUCAUUCGCUGGUGAUAGAUGUGACCAUGGCAUUGGAUACUUUGUCUCUCCCUGUGUUGGAGCCCCUGACUCCAACACGGCUGCAGGAUGUGACUGUUCUUGCCCUCAGCUGCCUUUAUGCAGGUGUGAGUGUGGCAACAUGCAUGGCAAUCCUGCACGUGGGCAGCACCCAGCAGGUACGAACUGGAUCCACAAGUUCUAAAGAAGAUGAUUAUGAAAAUGAUGCUGCCACCAUUGUACAGAAAUGUCUUGAAAUAUAUGAAAUGAUUGGUCAAGCCAUCAGCAACUCGCGCCGUGCAGGGGGAGAGCAUUAUCAGAAUUUCCAGCUGCUUGGGGCCUGGUGUUUGCUCAACAGCCUCUUCCUCAUCUUGAACCUCAACCCCACCGCCCUGGCCGAUAAAGGAAAGGAGAAAGACCCAUUGGCUGCUCUUCGAGUCAGAGACAUUAUUGCUCGUACCAAAGAGGGAGUUGGGUCUCCCAAGUUGGGACCUGGGAAAGGACAUCAGGGGUUUGGUGUUCUUUCAGUGGUGUUAGCAAAUCAUGCCAUCAAACUCUUAACAUCCCUCUUUCAAGAUCUGCAGGUGGAGGCACUACACAAGGGAUGGGAGACUGAUGGUCCCCCAGCAGUGCUGAACGUCAUGGCUCAGAGCACAUCAAUUCAGAGAAUUCAACGUCUGAUCGAUUCCGUACCACUCACUAAUCUGCUACUGACUUUGCUCUCCACUUCUUAUAGAAAGGCUUGCAUCUUGCAACGUCAGAGAAAGGGUUCCGUGAGCAGCGAUGCGAGUGCCUCGACUGAUUCUAAUACGUACUAUGAGGAUGACUUCAGCAGCACUGAAGAGGACAGCAGCCAGGAUGAUGACAGCGAACCCAUCCUUGGGCAAUGGUUUGAAGAAACGAUUUCUCCAAGUAAAGAGAAAGUGGCCCCCCCGCCGCCACCUCCCCCACCUCCCCUGGAAAGCUCCCCUAGAGUGAAAAGCCCCAACAAACAGACUACUGGGGAGAAUGGGAACAUCCUGGCCAGCCGCAAGGACCCAGAAUUGUUUUUAAGCCUGGCUUCCAAUAUUCUGAACUUCAUUACUUCCUCCAUGCUGAACUCCAGGAACAACUUCAUUCGCAACUACCUGAGCGUCUCUCUUUCAGAGCAGCACAUGGCCACGCUGGCUAGCAUCAUCAAGGAAGUGGACAAAGAUGGGCUGAAGGGCACAUCAGAUGAAGAAUUUGCUGCUGCAUUGUAUCACUUUAACCAUUCCUUGGUGACCUCGGACCUACAGUCCCCUACCUUGCAGAACACACUUCUACAGCAGCUGGGAAUAGCCCCUUUCUCUGAAGGACCAUGGCCUCUGUACAUCCAUCCUCAGAGUCUGUCUGUGCUGUCUCGGCUUCUCCUUAUCUGGCAGCACAAAGCCAGUGCUCAGGGAGACCCUGACGUCCCAGAAUGCCUUAAAGUUUGGGAGAGGUUUGUGGGCACACUGAAACAAAAUGCGCUGCAGGGAACUCUUCCUAAUGACACAGAAGAUCUGAAUGUUGAGCACCUCCAGCUGCUGUUGCUUAUUUUCCACAACUUCUCAGAGAAAGGCCGGAGGUCUAUCUUGACCCUCUGUAUCCAGACCAUCCUGGAACUGACUGUGAACAUGGACUCCCAGCUGCGGUCUGUGCCCCUUAUUCUGGCUCGCCUUCUACUGGUGUUCGACUAUCUGCUUCAUCAGUAUUCCAAAGUUCCUGUAUACCUGUUUGAGCAGGUACAGUAUAAUCUGCUAACCCAACCCUUUGGCUGGGUGAGUGGAUCCCAGGAUAGUAGUAGAAGAAUCUCUGUCCCUCUAUAUCAUGGAUUUAAAGAAGUGGAAGAAAACUGGACCAAACACUGCUCAUCAGGUCAGAAGGGAAGUUGUUCAGUAAAAUUUUACUCCUCGCCGUGGGGUUGUGGUUGCAUAAUAAAUGAGCGCUCCAGCAUGUGGUGCUGCAGAGCAAAGUCAGAGAAGUCGCUUUCAGCAACUUUGGAGUGUGGUUUAAGACACAUUAGACUAAAUACCAGUGGCCUAGAUGAGUCAAUUUUGGAGGAGUGUUUGCAGCAUCUGGAGAAGCAGCUGGAGAGCAGCCAGGCCCGGAAAGCCAUGGAGGAAUUCUUCUCGGAGAGUGGAGAACUGGUCCAGAUCAUGAUGGCAACAGCCAAUGAAAAUCUCUCUGCAAAAUUCUGUAACAGAGUUCUGAAAUUCUUCACCAAACUCUUCCAGUUGACUGAGAAGAGUCCUAACCCCAGUCUGUUGCGACUAUGUGGCUCCUUGGCCCAGUUGGCCUGUGUUGAGCCUGUACGCCUACAGGCCUGGUUAACCAGGAUGACCAUGUCACCACCUAAAGAUUCAGAUCAAUUGGAUGUUGUUCAAGAGAACAGGCAGCUGCUGCAACUUCUGACAACAUAUAUUGUUCGGGAAAACAGCCAAGUCGGAGAAGGCGUGUGCACUGUUCUGCUGAGUACCCUUAUACCAAUGGCAACGGAAAUGUUGGCCAAUGGUGAUGGAACAGGCUUCCCUGAGCUCAUGGUUGUGAUGGCAACUCUGGCCAGUGCUGGGCAAGGUGCUGGACAUCUCCAGCUUCACAGUGCGGCAGUCGAUUGGCUGGGCAGAUGCAAGAAAUACCUGUCUCAAAAGAACGUUAUAGAAAAAAUGAAUGCUAAUGUCAUGCAUGGAAAGCAUGUUACUAUACUGGAGUGUACAUGCCACAUUGUCUCUUAUCUGGCUGAUGUCACUAAUGCUCUGAGCCAGACCAGCGGCCAAGGACCCAGUCAUCUUUCUGUUGAUGGAGAGGAACGGGCUAUCGAGGUGGAUUCAGACUGGGUGGAAGAGCUGGCGGUGGAAGAGGAAGAUUCUCAAGCUGAAGACUCAGAUGAAGAUUCUCUCUGCAACAAACUCUGCACCUUCACCAUCACACAGAAAGAAUUCAUGAACCAACACUGGUACCACUGUCACACUUGUAAGAUGGUGGAUGGGGUUGGUGUUUGCACGGUUUGUGCUAAAGUUUGUCACAAGGACCAUGAGAUUUCUUACGCCAAAUAUGGUUCAUUCUUCUGUGACUGUGGAGCGAAGGAAGAUGGCAGUUGCCUGGCUUUGGUGAAGAGAACUCCCAGCAGUGGCAUCAGCUCUACCAUGAAGGAGUCUGCAUUCCAGAGUGAACCCAGAGUGCCUGAGAGUGUCAUCCGCCAUGCGAGCAGCUCCCCUGCAGAUAAAUCCAAGGUCACCAUCAAUGAUGGGAAAGGCCCUGAUGAAGAGAAACCCAAGAAGAGCAGCCUGUGUCGAAAUGUUGAGGGCUGUCGAGAGGAAUUGCAAUCCCAGGCCAACUUCUCCUUUGCUCCUCUGGUGUUGGAUAUGCUGAGCUUCCUAAUGGAUGCCAUUCAGAUCAACUUCCAGCAAGCUUCAGCCAUGGGCAGCAGCAGCCGAGCGCAGCAGGCUCUGAAUGAACUGCACACUUUGGACAAGACAGUGGAAAUGACCGAUCAGUUGAUGGUCCCAACUCUUGGCUCUCAAGAAGGUGCUUUUGAGAAUGUCCGAAUGAACUACAGCGGCGACCAGGGGCAGACAAUCCGACAGCUGAUCAGCGCUCAUGUGCUGAGGCGGGUGGCGAUGUGCGUGCUGUCCUCCCCGCAUGGGCGCCGCCAGCACCUAGCGGUGAGCCACGAAAAGGGCAAGAUUACAGUGUUACAACUCUCAGCAUUGCUUAAACAAGCGGACUCCAGCAAAAGGAAAUUAACCCUUACCCGCCUUGCAUCGGCACCAGUUCCCUUUACUGUACUGAGCCUAACAGGGAAUCCCUGCAAAGAGGACUAUCUAGCUGUGUGUGGGCUGAAGGACUGCCAUGUGCUAACAUUCAGCAGCUCCGGAUCAGUUUCCGAUCACUUGGUCCUCCACCCCCAGCUAGCAACAGGAAACUUCAUCAUUAAGGCUGUGUGGUUGCCAGGAUCUCAGACAGAACUUGCCAUUGUGACUGCAGACUUUGUGAAGAUCUAUGACCUUUCCGUAGAUGCUUUGAGCCCAACGUUCUAUUUCCUUUUGCCAAGCUCCAAGAUCAGGGAUGUCACUUUUCUGUUCAAUGAGGAGGGAAAGAACAUCAUAGUCAUCAUGUCUUCUGCUGGGUACAUCUAUACUCAGCUCAUGGAGGAGGCAAGCAGUGCCCAGCAUGGACCAUUCUAUGUUACCAAUGUGCUUGAAGUCAACCAUGAAGACUUGAAGGAUAGCAAUGGCCAGGUGGCAGGAGGCGGCGUGUCUGUGUAUUAUUCCCAUGUCCUUCAGAUGCUUUUCUUCAGUUACUGUCAAGGCAAAUCUUUCGCAGCCACGAUUAGCAGGGCUAGUCUGGAGGUACAGCGGCUUUUCCCGAUCAACAUAAAGAGUUCAAAUGGUGGGAGCAAGACCUCCCCAGCACUGUGCCAAUGGUCUGAGGUGAUGAACCAUCCUGGGUUGGUGUGCUGUGUUCAGCAGACCACAGGCAUUCCUCUGGUGGUCAUGGUGAAGCCAGAUACCUUCCUCAUCCAGGAGAUUAAAACCUUGCCAGCUAAAGCCAAGAUCCAGGACAUGGUGGCCAUCCGUCACACGGCCUGCAAUGAGCAGCAGAGGACCACCAUGAUCCUUCUGUGUGAGGACGGCAGCCUGAGAAUAUACAUGGCAAAUGUGGAGAAUACUUCUUAUUGGCUCCAGCCUUCCCUCCAGCCUAGCAGUGUCAUCAGCAUCAUGAAGCCAGUUCGCAAACGCAAGGCAGCUGCUAUCACGACUCGCACCUCCAGUCAAGUGAACUUUCCCAUUGACUUCUUUGAACACAACCAGCAGCUCACAGAUGUGGAGUUUGGAGGCAAUGAUCUCUUGCAGGUUUAUAAUGCCCAGCAGAUAAAGCACCGGCUCAACUCCACUGGCAUGUAUGUGGCCAACACCAAGCCUGGUGGCUUUACCAUCGAAGUCACUAACAACAACAGCACAAUGGUGAUGACAGGCAUGAGGAUCCAGAUUGGCACUCAGGCAAUUGAGCGAGCUCCCUCCUACCUGGAGAUCUUUGGCCGCACCAUGCAGUUGAACAUGACCAGGGCUCGUUGGUUUGAUUUUCCUUUCACACGGGAGGAAGCCCUGCAAGCUGACAAAAAAUUAACCAUCUUCAUUGGGGCCUCUGUGGAUCCUGCUGGAGUCACAAUGAUGGAUGCUGUCAAAAUUUAUGGCAAGACCAAAGAGCAGUUUGGCUGGCCUGAUGAGCCCCCAGAGGAUUUCCCAUCUGCCUCAGUGAGCAACGUUUGUCCCCCGAACCUGAAUCAAGGAAAUGGUACAGGAGACUUGGAGUCUGCUACCCCUGCUGCUGCCAGUGGGACUGUCCUGGAGAGGCUAGUAGUGAGUUCUUUAGAAGCACUGGAAAGCUGCUUUGCUGUAGGACCAGUCAACGAGAAGGAAAAGAGUAAGGCUGCAGCUCAGGAACUGGCUACUAUAUUACUCUCAAUGCCAGCUCCCUCCAGCGUCCAGCAGCAAACCAAGAGUCUCCUGGCUAGCCUUCACACCAGCCGCUCGGCAUACCAUAACCACAAGGAUCAGGCCUUGCUGAGUAAAGCCAUCCAGUAUUUGAGCUCCUCCAGCAAAGAAGGGAAGGACCUGGACCCUGAAGUGUUUCAGAGGUUGGUGAUCACUGCUCGAUCCAUCGCUAUUAUGAGGCCAAACAACCUGGUCCAUUUCACGGAGUCAAAGUUGCCACAGACGGAAACAGAGGGAGGUGAAGAAGGACGGGAAGCCCAGAAACCCACUGAAGGAGAUGGGUGGAGUUUUAUCACCCACCUGGUCAACCAUUUCUGGAAGCUACAUGCAUCAAAACCCAAAAAUGUCUUCCUGGCUCCUGCCUGCUUACCGGGUCUGACGCAUGUUGAAGCCACAGUCAACGCUCUGGUGGACAUUAUCCAUGGAUACUGCACAUGUGAACUGGAUUGUAUCAACACAGCAUCCAAGAUCUACAUGCAAAUGUUACUCUGUCCUGAUCCUGCAGUGAGCUUUUCCUGUAAACAAGCUUUAAUUCGCGUGCUGAGGCCGAGGAACAAGCGGAGACACGUGACGCUGCCAUCUUCUCCUCGCAGCAACACCCCCAUGGGAGAUAAGGACGAUGACGACGACGAUGAUGCAGAAGACAAAAUGCAGAGCUCUGGGAUAGCAAAUGGCGAGCAUAUUCGACAAGAGAGCCAGGAGCAAAACGAGGUGGAUCACGGGGACUUUGAGAUGGUGUCUGAGUCAAUGGUGCUGGAGACUUCUGAAAAUGUGAAUAAUGGCAACCCUUCUCCUCUGGAGGCUCUCCUGGCUGGAGCAGAGGGAUUCCCACCCAUGCUGGACAUUCCUCCAGAUGCAGAUGAUGAAACAAUGGUGGAACUAGCCAUUGCCCUGAGCCUGCAACAAGACCAGCAAGGGAGCAGCAGCAGUGCACUUGGACUACAGAGCCUGGGACUGUCUGGCCAAGCCCCCAGUUCUUCAUCUCUUGAUGCUGGAACUCUCUCUGACACCACAGCAUCAGCUCCAGCAUCUGAUGAUGAAGGCAGCACAGCGGCAACAGAUGGCUCUACUCUUCGGACUUCACCAGCUGACCAUGGCGGCAGUGUGGGCUCUGAGAGUGGUGGCAGUGCAGUGGAUUCAGUGGCUGGCGAACACAGUGUGUCUGGCCGCAGCAGCGCGUAUGGUGACACUACAGCGGAGGGCCAUCCAGCUGGGCCAGGCAGUGUCAGCUCAAGCACCGGUGCCAUCAGUACCACCACAGGGCAGCAGGAAGGGGAUGGUUCAGAAGGAGAAGGCGAAGGAGAAGCUGAAGGCGAUGUCCACACCAGCAAUAGACUGCACAUGGUCCGUUUGAUGCUGUUGGAGAGGCUGUUGCAGACCUUACCCCAGCUGCGUAAUGUUGGAGGAGUCCGUGCCAUUCCUUACAUGCAGGUUAUUCUGAUGCUCACAACAGACCUAGAUGGUGAAGAUGAGAAGGACAAGGGUGCUCUAGAUAAUCUUCUGUCCCAACUCAUCGCAGAACUGGGCAUGGAUAAAAAGGAUGUGUCUAAGAAGAAUGAACGUUCUGCCCUGAACGAAGUGCACUUGGUGGUAAUGAGGCUGCUUAGCGUGUUCAUGUCCAGGACCAAGUCAGGAUCCAAAUCUUCCAUUUGUGAGUCCUCUUCCCUCAUUUCCAGCGCCACUGCAGCAGCAUUGCUGAGCUCUGGCGCAGUUGAUUACUGUCUGCACGUUCUGAAGUCUCUGCUGGAAUACUGGAAAAGCCAGCAGAAUGAUGAGGAGCCGGUAGCCACCAGCCAGCUGCUGAAACCCCACACUACCUCUUCUCCACCUGACAUGGGCCCCUUCUUUCUCCGGCAAUACGUGAAGGGUCAUGCAGCAGAUGUUUUUGAGGCCUAUACUCAGCUUCUGACCGAGAUGGUGCUGCGCUUACCUUAUCAAAUCAAGAAAAUUGCUGACACAAACUCCCGGAUCCCACCACCCAUCUUCGAUCAUUCCUGGUUCUACUUCCUGUCUGAGUACCUGAUGAUCCAGCAGACUCCGUUUGUACGCCGCCAAGUCCGCAAACUCCUUCUCUUCAUCUGUGGAUCAAAGGAGAAGUACCGCCAGCUCCGAGACCUGCACACUUUGGAUUCUCAUGUUCGCGGUAUCAAAAAACUCCUGGAAGAACAAGGGAUUUAUCUGCGGGCAAGUGUGGUCACUGCAAGUUCAGGCUCUGCUCUGCAGUAUGAUACACUGAUCAGCCUGAUGGAACACUUGAAGGCUUGUGCAGAGAUCGCCACGCAGCGAACAGUGAACUGGCAGAAAUUCUGCAUUAAAGAUGAUUCUGUUCUCUAUUUUCUCCUACAAGUCAGUUUUCUGGUAGACGAGGGAGUGUCACCAGUUCUUCUGCAGCUCCUGUCCUGUGCUUUGUGCGGCAGUAAAGUGCUGUCUGUGACUUCAUCCUCUGGAUCAUCCAGCACCUCUUCUACGUCAGCUUCAGCAGGCACUGGGCAGCCAGCAACGCAGAGCAAGUCCUCCACCAAAAAGAGCAAGAAGGAAGAAAAGGAAAAAGAACGAGAAGGUGAGAGCGCUGGCAGCCAAGAAGACCAGCUCUGCACAGCUCUGGUGAACCAGCUAAAUAAAUUUGCUGAUAAGGAAACCCUUAUUCAGUUCCUGCGCUGCUUUUUGCUGGAGUCCAACUCCUCCUCUGUGCGGUGGCAGGCACACUGCCUGGCACUCCACAUCUACAGGAACUCUAACAAGUCUCAGCAAGAGCUGCUGUUAGAUCUCAUGUGGUCAAUAUGGCCAGAACUCCCAGCCUAUGGAAGGAAGGCUGCCCAGUUUGUGGAUCUCCUGGGAUACUUCUCUCUGAAAACACAACAGACUGAGAAAAAGUUGAAGGAAUACUCCCAAAAGGCUGUUGAGAUCCUCCGGACCCAAAACCACAUCCUUACCAACCAUCCUAAUUCCAACAUUUACAACACGCUGUCUGGUCUGGUGGAAUUUGAUGGCUAUUAUUUGGAGAGUGAUCCUUGUCUUGUCUGCAACAAUCCAGAAGUUCCCUUCUGUUACAUCAAGCUGUCUUCCAUCAAGGUGGACACACGGUACACCACUACCCAGCAGGUGGUGAAGCUGAUUGGCAGCCACACCAUUAGCAAAGUGACAGUGAAGAUAGGGGAUCUGAAAAGGACCAAAAUGGUCCGGACUAUCAACCUCUAUUACAACAACAGGACAGUGCAGGCCAUAGUGGAGCUGAAAAACAAGCCUGCCCGUUGGCACAAAGCCAAAAAAGUACAGCUGACCCCAGGCCAGACAGAGGUGAAGAUUGAUUUGCCGCUGCCCAUUGUGGCUUCAAACUUGAUGAUUGAAUUUGCAGAUUUCUAUGAGAAUUACCAGGCCUCCACAGAAACCCUGCAGUGCCCUCGGUGCAGCGCAUCUGUCCCAGCCAACCCUGGGGUGUGUGGGAACUGUGGCGAGAAUGUGUAUCAGUGCCACAAGUGCAGAUCCAUUAAUUAUGAUGAGAAGGAUCCUUUCCUCUGCAAUGCCUGUGGGUUCUGUAAAUACGCUCGCUUUGACUUCAUGCUUUAUGCCAAGCCUUGCUGUGCAGUGGAUCCAAUAGAAAAUGAAGAGGAUCGGAAGAAGGCAGUAACAAAUAUCAACACUCUUCUGGAUAAGGCUGACAGAGUGUAUCAUCAGCUGAUGGGACACCGACCGCAGCUGGAAAACCUGCUGUGUAAAGUAAACGAGGCUGCUCCCGAAAAGCCACAGGAGGACUCCGGUAGCAGUGGUGGGAUCAGCUCCUCCUCAGCUAGUGUGAACAGGUACAUACUACAGCUAGCGCAGGAGUACUGUGGUGACUGCAAGAAUUCUUUUGAUGAACUCUCCAAGAUCAUUCAGAAAGUUUUUGCUUCUAGAAAGGAGCUCCUGGAAUAUGAUCUCCAGCAGAGAGAGGCAGCAACCAAAUCAUCCCGAACCACUGUCCAGCCUACAUUUACUGCCAGCCAAUAUCGUGCUUUGUCUGUCUUAGGCUGUGGCCACACAUCUUCAACAAAAUGUUAUGGCUGUGCUUCAGCCGUCACCGAGCACUGCAUAACGCUGCUCCGGGCCCUGGCAACCAACUCUGCCAUCAGGCACAUUCUUGUGUCCCAGGGCCUUAUCCGAGAGCUGUUUGAUUACAACUUGCGCCGGGGCGCAGCCACGAUGCGGGAGGAGGUCCGUCAGCUGAUGUGCCUUCUGACCAGAGACAAUCCAGAGGCCACACAACAAAUGAAUGACCUAAUCAUCGGGAAGGUUUCUGCAGCUCUGAAAGGACACUGGGCAAACCCUGAUCUGGCUAGCAGCCUCCAGUAUGAAAUGUUACUGCUAACAGAUUCCAUCUCUAAGGAAGAUAGCUGCUGGGAGCUGCGUCUGCGCUGUGCUCUCAGCCUCUUCUUGAUGGCAGUGAACAUUAAAACUCCUGUGGUUGUUGAGAACAUCACCCUAAUGUGUCUGCGAAUUCUACAAAAACUGAUCAAACCGCCUGCUCCAACCAGCAAGAAAAACAAGGACAUCCCAGUCGAUGCUCUCACCACUGUUAAACCUUACAGCAAUGAGAUCCAUGCCCAGGCUCAGCUCUGGCUCAAGAGGGACCCCAAAGCAUCAUAUGAGGCCUGGAAAAAGUGCCUCCCUGCUAGAGGUACAGAAGCCAAUGGGAAAGCUCCCAGCAGAACUGAGCUUCGCCAGCUCUACUUGUCAGAAAAGUAUGUUUGGAAAUGGAAACAGUUCAUGAGCCGACAUGGGAAGAGAACCUGCCCUCUGGAUCUCAAACUGGGACAUAACAACUGGUUGCGACAGGUACUGUUUACUCCUGCAACCCAAGCUGCCAGGCAGGCUGCAUGCACUAUUGUGGAAGCUCUGGCUACCAUCCCCAGCCGGAAGCAGCAGGUCCUCGAUCUCCUUACCAGCUACUUGGAUGAGCUGAGCAUUGCUGGAGAGUGUGCUGCCGAGUACCUGGCUUUGUAUCAGAAACUCAUCAAGCCCGCCCACUGGAAGGUGUACCUGGCAGCAAGAGGCGUUCUGCCCUACGUCGGCAACCUCAUCACUAAGGAAAUAGCUCGUUUACUUGCCCUGGAGGAAGCCACGCUCAGCACUGACCUGCAGCAGGGAUAUGCCUUGAAGAGCCUCACAGGGCUUCUCUCUUCCUUUGUGGAAGUGGAGUCCAUCAAACGACACUUCAAGAGCCGUCUGGUGGGCACAGUCCUGAAUGGCUAUCUCUGCCUGAGGAAGCUGGUGGUGCAGAGAACGAAGCUAAUUGAUGAGACCCAGGACAUGCUGCUGGAGAUGCUGGAGGAUAUGACAACAGGCACAGAAUCUGAAACAAAGGCAUUUAUGGCAGUGUGUAUUGAAACUGCUAAACGCUACAGCCUUGAUGAUUAUAGGACUCCUGUCUUCAUCUUUGAGAGACUUUGCAGUAUUAUCUAUCCAGAAGAAAAUGAAGUGACUGAGUUCUUUGUAACACUGGAGAAAGAUCCCCAGCAGGAAGAUUUCUUGCAGGGAAGGAUGCCAGGGAACCCCUACAGCAGUAAUGAGCCUGGCAUUGGGCCGCUCAUGAGGGACAUCAAGAACAAAAUCUGUCAGGACUGCGACCUGGUGGCUCUAUUAGAGGAUGACAGUGGAAUGGAGCUUCUGGUGAACAAUAAGAUCAUCAGCUUGGAUCUUCCUGUGGCUGAGGUCUACAAGAAGGUCUGGUGCCCCACCAAUGAGGGGGAGCCAAUGAGGAUCAUUUACCGCAUGCGAGGGUUGCUAGGAGAUGCGACUGAAGAAUUCAUUGAAUCGCUGGACUCCACUACAGAUGAAGAGGAGGAUGAGGAAGAGGUUUAUAAAAUGGCCGGUGUGAUGGCGCAGUGUGGAGGCCUGGAGUGCAUGCUGAACCGACUGACUGGAAUCAAGGAUUUCAAACAAGGCCGACAUCUCUUGACAGUGCUGCUAAAACUGUUCAGCUACUGUGUGAAAGUGAAAGUGAACCGUCAGCAACUGGUCAAACCUGAGAUGAACACUUUGAAUGUCAUGCUGGGAACUCUGAAUUUGGCCCUGGUAGCUGAGCAGGAGAGCAAGGACAGUGGAGGAGCAGCGGUAGCGGAGCAGGUACUUAGCAUCAUGGAGAUCAUAUUGGACGAGUCUAAUGCAGAACCACUGAGUGAGGACAAGGGUAACCUCCUCCUUACUGGUGACAAGGAUCAGCUGGUAAUGCUGCUGGACCAGAUUAACAGCACUUUUGUCCGCUCCAAUCCCAGUGUUUUGCAAGGCCUGUUACGCAUCAUCCCUUAUCUGUCCUUUGGGGAAAUGGAGAAAAUGCAGAUCCUGGUUGAUCGAUUCAAGCCCUACUGUAACUUUGACAAGUACGAUGAGGAACACAGUGGAGAUGAUAAAGUUUUCCUGGACUGUUUCUGUAAAAUAGCAGCUGGCAUAAAGAACAACAGCAAUGGACAUCAGCUGAAAGAUCUCAUCCUCCAGAAAGGGAUUACCCAGAAUGCACUCGACUACAUGAAAAAGCAUAUUCCCAGUGCAAAGAAUUUGGAUGCAGACAUAUGGAAGAAAUUUUUAUCUCGUCCAGCACUUCCUUUCAUCCUGAGGCUCCUUCGAGGGCUCGCCACACAACACCCUGCCACACAGGUACUAAUAGGUACAGAUUCUAUUACAAACCUGCACAAAUUGGAGCAAGUGUCCAGUGAUGAAGGUAUUGGAACGUUAGCGGAGAACCUGCUGGAGGCACUAAGGGAACAUCCAGAGGUGAACAAGAAGAUCGAUGCAGCCCGAAAGGAGACCCGUGCGGAGAAGAAGCGCAUGGCUAUGGCAAUGAGGCAAAAAGCCUUAGGCACUCUGGGAAUGACGACUAAUGAAAAGGGCCAGGUGGUGACAAAGACUGCACUCCUCAAACAGAUGGAAGAGCUGAUAGAAGAACCAGGACUGACCUGCUGCAUCUGCAGGGAAGGAUACAAGUUCCAGCCGACAAAGGUUCUGGGUAUUUACACUUUCACCAAGCGGGUCGCCCUUGAAGAGUUUGAGAACAAGCCCCGAAAGCAACAGGGAUACAGCACGGUCUCUCAUUUCAACAUUGUCCAUUACGAUUGUCAUCUCGCAGCGGUGAGACUGGCUCGUGGCCGGGAAGAAUGGGAGAGUGCAGCUCUACAAAAUGCCAACACCAAGUGCAAUGGUCUUCUACCAGUGUGGGGGCCCCGUGUACCAGAGUCUGCUUUUGCAACCUGCUUAGCAAGACACAACACAUACCUCCAGGAGUGCACAGGGCAGCGGGAACCCACCUACCAGCUCAACGUCCAUGACAUUAAGCUACUAUUUCUCCGUUUCGCUAUGGAGCAGUCAUUCAGUGUGGACACCGGAGGAGGAGGAAGGGAGAGCAACAUACACCUCAUUCCAUAUAUAAUUCACACUGUGCUUUAUGUCCUUAACACAACCCGAGCAACUUCCAGAGAGGAAAAGAACCUCCAGAGUUUUAUGGAGCAUCCCAAGGAGAAAUGGGUGGAGAGUGCCUUUGAGGUGGAUGGGCCCCAUUACUACACAGUUCUGGCACUACACAUCUUGCCCCCAGAGAAGUGGAAAGCCAUGCGGGUCGAGAUCCUCAGGAGGCUGCUGGUUAUUGCACAUGCACGUGUGGUGUCACCAGGGGGAGCCAGCAGACUGACAGAUAAAGCAGUGAAGGAGUAUUCAGCAUAUCGCUCUGGCCUUCUCUUCUGGGCCCUAGUAGAUCUCAUUUACAACAUGUUCAAGAAGGUGCCUACCAGUAACACAGAGGGAGGCUGGUCCUACUCUCUGGCUGAAUUUAUCCGACACAAUGAUAUGCCAAUACAUGAAGCUGCAGACAAGGCCCUGAAAACUUUCCAGGAGGAGUUCAUGCCAGUUGAAACCUUUUCUGAAUUUUUGGAUGUGGCUGGACUAUUAUCAGAAAUCAACGACCCUGACAGCUUCCUCAAGGAUCUUUUGAACUCCAUUCCCUGAGCCCAGAGAAGCAACUUGCAAAGAUCUACAGCAGCUUGCCUUCCAUCUCUUUGUGUUACUCCUUGUGCAGUCUUUCCCUCCCCCAAGUAGUGCUGCAUUUUUUUUAUUUUCUACACUUUUUUUUUUUUUUUUUUUUUU